CUGCCAAAGGGAUGGGAGCCCGGGACUGAGAGGCAGGUAGAGCGUGGACUGAGAUUCUGUCAUAUCAUCGAUGAGAAAAGAGAGACUCGAAGAGAUUAAGAGACUUGAGUAUCUGAGUCAGGACUUGAAUCCAUACCUGACAUGAUCAUGAGCCAAGAUCAUCAUUAAAGAUAUAUAAACAGAUAAGGACUUUGAGGACUUUAAAAUUUGGCUCCAUUCAAGAACUCAAAAUCCUGGGAUUUUUUUUUUACUAUUACCGUAUAAGGAAUACUUUGCAGAAACUCCCUUUUGAAGAGAGCUUUCAAGACACAGGCUGUACUUUAAUGAAGAAACGUCAAAGCUGCUAACAAUUACACAAACUGGGACUCAGGAAGACCCUAGUGACCAAGGAUGGGGUCAUCAUGGAAACUAAUUCUGUUUCUGUCAGUCACUGGGUGUCUUUCAGAGAGUGUGGAUUAUGGGCCAGUGUUUGUGCAGGAACCAGAUGAUAUCAUUUUCCCUACUGAUUCUGAUGAGAAGAAAGUGGCUCUGAAUUGUGAAGCUCGAGGCAACCCUGUUCCCAAUUACAGAUGGCUACGAAAUGGAACAGAAAUAGACUUGGAAAGUGAUUAUCGCUACAGUUUGAUUGAAGGAAACCUCAUUAUCAGCAACCCAAGUGAAGCAAAGGAUUCUGGUCAUUAUCAGUGUUUAACAGCUAACUCCUUGGGAAGCAUUCUGAGCAGAGAAGCCAUACUUCAGUUUGCCUAUCUGGGAAAUUUUAGUGGCCGGACAAGAAGUGCAGUCUCUGUGAGGGAAGGCCAGGGGGUUGUUCUGAUGUGUUCUCCUCCGCCUCAUUCACCAGAGAUCAUCUAUAGCUGGGUGUUUAAUGAGUUUCCCUCUUUCGUGGCAGAAGACAGCCGACGUUUCAUUUCCCAGGAGACAGGCAAUCUCUACAUCUCUAAAGUACAAACAUCAGAUGUUGGCAGUUACAUCUGCCUGGUGAAAAACACCGUGACAAACGCUCGAGUUCUUAGCCCUCCAACACCACUCACACUACGCAAUGAUGGUGUGAUGGGAGAAUAUGAGCCGAAAAUUGAGGUCCAUUUUCCUUUCAUGGUUACAGCUGCUAAGGGAACAACAGUCAAGAUGGAAUGUUUUGCACUUGGCAACCCUGUUCCAACAAUAUCGUGGAUGAAGGUUAAUGGUUAUAUUCCAAGCAAAGCACGUCUGCGGAAAUCUCAAGGAGUGCUGGAAAUACCAAAUGUGCAACUAGAUGAUGCAGGGAUAUAUGAAUGUAGAGCUGAAAAUUCACGUGGAAGAAAUUCUUUCCGUGGACAGUUACAAGUCUAUAACUACCCACAUUGGGUAGAGAAGCUGAAUGAUACUCAUUUAGACAGUGGCAGCCCUCUCAGAUGGGAAUGUAAAGCCACUGGAAAGCCCAGGCCCACAUACCGUUGGUUGAAGAAUGGCAUCCCUCUUUUGGCGCAGAGCAGGGUUGAGAUGGUUAAUGGUGUAUUGAUGAUCCACAAUGUGAAUCAGUCCGAUUCUGGAAUGUAUCAGUGUUUGGCAGAAAACAAAUAUGGAUCCAUUUAUGCCAGUGCUGAGCUGAAGGUUUUAGCCUCAGCUCCUGUUUUUGCACUAAAUCAACUGAAGAAAACAAUAGUAAUUACCAAAGGUCAAGAAGUUCUCAUAGAGUGCAAACCUCAAGGUUCUCCAAAACCAGCCAUUUCCUGGAAGAAGGGAGACAAAGCAGUAAGAGAGAGCAAGAGAAUAGCUAUUCUUCCAGAUGGGAGCCUCCGGGUCCUAAAUGCUUCUAAAUCAGAUGAGGGAAAGUAUAUUUGCCAAGGGGAAAAUGUCUUCGGUUCAGCUGAAAUCCUUGCUUCUGUGUUUGUAAAAGAACCUACAAGGAUAGAACUCACUCCCAAGAGGACAGAAUUAACAGUGGGAGAAAGCAUUGUCCUCAAUUGCAAAGCAAUUCAUGAUGCCAGUUUGGAUGUCUCUUUCUACUGGACUUUGAAAGGACAGCCUAUUGAUUUUGAGAAAGAACGUGGACAUUUUGAAAGCAUCAGGGCCCAAGCAUCCUCUGCAGAUUUAAUGAUCAGGAACAUCCUUCUGAUGCAUGCUGGGAGAUAUGGCUGCAGGGUACAGACCACAGCCGACAGUGUGUCAGAUGAGGCAGAUCUUCUUGUUAGGGGUCCUCCAGGUCCCCCUGGCAUCGUGAUUGUUGAAGAAAUCACAGAAAGCACAGCCACCUUGUCCUGGAGUCCUGCCGCAGACAACCACAGCCCCAUUUCUUCCUAUAAUCUGCAAGCUCGAAGUCCUUUCUCCCUUGGCUGGCAGACAGUAAAAACAGUCCCAGAAGUCAUAACAGGAGAUAUGGAAUCUGCCAUGGCUGUGGACCUGAACCCCUGGGUAGAAUAUGAAUUUAGAGUGGUGGCAACUAAUCCUAUUGGGACAGGAGAUCCAAGCACACCUUCUCGAAUGAUCCGAACUAAUGAAGCAGUUCCAAAGACAGCUCCCAAUGUAAGUGGCAGAAGUGGAAGAAGGCAUGAAUUAGUGAUAGCCUGGGAGCCAGUAUCGGAAGAGUUUCAGAAUGGGGAAGGAUUUGGCUACAUUGUGGCAUUCAGACCCAAUGGAACCCGUGGUUGGAAAGAAAAAAUGGUCACUUCAUCAGAUGCUUCAAAGUUCAUCUACAGAGAUGAAAGUGUACCUCCACUCACUCCUUUUGAGGUGAAAGUUGGAGUAUAUAAUAACAAAGGGGAUGGACCUUUCAGUAAUAUUGUCGUCAUCUGUUCAGCAGAGGGAGAACCCAGUGCUGCUCCUACAGAUGUCAAGGCUACAAGUUUGUCUGUAUCAGAGAUUCUUGUUGCAUGGAGACAUAUUAAAGAGAGUCUUGGAAGACCACAGGGAUUUGAGGUGGGUUACUGGAAAGAUAUGGAGCAAGAAGAAGCUGCUGAAACAGUCAAAACUGGGGGAAACGAGUCAUCCAUCAUUCUGACGGGAUUAGAAGGAAAUACAUUGUAUCAUCUGACAGUGAGGGCUUACAAUGGUGCUGGAUACGGACCACCUAGCAGUGAAGUGCGGGCAGCCACCAAGAAAUCCGUAACUCCUAGCCAAGCACCAAGCAACAUUAUGUGGGAGCAGCAAGGCUCCCAGGUUUCUCUUGGUUGGGAACCUGUCAAACCAUUAGCAAAUGAAUCAGAAGUAGUGGGAUACAAGGUUUUUUAUAGGCAAGAAGGCCACAGCAACAGUCAGGUCAUUGAAACACAGAAAACUCAAGCAGUAGUCCUUCUCCCUGAUGUUGGGGUUUAUAUCAUUGAAGUUCGAGCAUUCAGUGAAGGAGGUGAUGGAACAGCUAGCUCCCAAAUCAGAGUACCGUCAUAUUCAGGUGGGAAAAUCACAAGUGCUCAAUCUUCUCUCCACAUCUUCUCAACUUCUUCAUCAUCAGUGACAUUGCUCUUGGCAUUGAUAGUCCCUUCAACCUCAUGGUGAAGAUUGCAGACUUAAUGUUUUUGUUUUGCUUUAGCUUGAUCACAUCUGUGGAUGGAGCUUUAUGUGAGUGAAGAAGCUGGAACCCUGAACUAAGCUUAAAAACCCUAGAACUACCCAUGGUGCACUUAGAGGAGUGUUGGGGGGGAAAUGUUACUUAUUCAUCAGGUUUUCUCUUCAGUUUUUGUAAAUGUCCUCAAAUAGAGGAGGACAGUUCUUGGCCCAAUAAAAAUAUGCAGAUUGUAUGUAAUGAACUUUUGUAAGCAAAGGUAAUUUCUGUCAAAUGUAUUCUUUACUUUUUUAAUAGGUUUGAAUUUGAUUUUGUAUCUGAUGACCCUGAGUGUGUGCCAUUUGUUUGUUAAAGCAGUGGUGUCUAGUACAUCUGUUUAAAAAAAAAAAAAAGAAAAAAAAAAGAGAAAAAAGUGAGGUUGAGUGGUAAAGAUUCUGAAUCUAGUGUUUCUCAUUUUCCCCAAGGCUGGCUGUUGCAAUCGACAAACCAGUGGGAGAGAAGAAAAAUAGUUCAGUUAUGUUGCCCAUUACAGGAUAAGUACAGGAAAUAUUUUCUGGAAAAGUAUAUGAUUGCAUAUUGAAAUAGUCAAAUUUGUCAAUCUGCUGUUCUGCAAGCAUUCCCAGAGCAAGCUAUUAGAGCAGAGUUGGGCCUCAACAUCAGUGCAAGGUAAACUGAAGGGGAACUAAGAAGGGAUUGUUUUAAGUGCUAUUGUCUUUCAUCAAGUACUGUAUUAUUUAACUGAAAAUGAAGUCAAAAGUUUAUUUUUAAUAGCAAAAAUAUAGUUUAACUUCACAGAAAAUGCACAUGCUAAUAACUAUGGACAUUGAUAUGUACUAUAGAUUCUAACUGGAAAAAAACUAAAUGAAUACAGCAUACUUUUUUUUUCCAUCUAAUAACCCCCCCUCCUUUUUUUUUUUUUGUUUAUUUGUGUUUUCCCAUAACAAUCCUUCUCUGGGCAACUAAAAGUUAUCAUGCAAAUAUAGAUACAUAUAUGUUUUAUAUGGAAGAAAAUAAUUUGAAUAUACCAACUCUAUGUAGAUUAUUUUUGAACAAACCUGUGCUCCACAUAGCACUUGCCAAGGCCUGUCAAUGAUUCAAAGUAGCAAGACUUCUUGGGUUGUUUCUUAGAGCUCACCUACUUUUUUCUGAACACUGACUAUUGCUAUCAUCAGGAAAUUCAACAACUUCAGUCAACCACAUAUUUUUCAUUCUCUGAUGAUCAAGGGGUAGCAAUCUGCAUUUGAAAACUCAACUUUUUUGUCAUUUCAGACAUAAUGAAAAAUGUUCCUUAGUAAACAAUAGGACCACAGAAUCAUAGAAUUUGAGAGUUAGAGGGGAUAUCAGCAGCCAUCUCAUCUAAUUCAUACAGGAAGACUGGAUGAAAAUGUUCUCUUUGGUUAUGUAAUAUGGUGGAUUGGUCCCACUCGCAUAGAGUCUUGUCUGGGUUGAGAUUAAAUCCAAAGUAGCAAGAAGAGAAAGUCUCAAUAAAUGUGCCAAAGCAGGCCUGAGCUAGCUACUAUUUUAUAGCUGAUUGGGAUUUAAGACCUCAAGAUGAUCAGGGUAUUUUCAAUGAUUCAGGGUAUUUUUCCCUACUAUAAAAAUGCCCAUUCAUUUUACAUCUUUAAUUGAAUAACAAGGAAGAAGAAAAAGGCUUAAUCUCUACUGAGCAACACCAGAUAAGAGAUCAUUCAGGAAUCAGAAAGGGGGGUGGGCUAGGAAGCAGACUUGUAUUCUCAAACAUCCUGCACAUUUCCCCUCCAGAAUAAAAGAACCUAACUGCUUUGUGUUGGGUAUUCAUUGUUGUUUUCAGUUUGGUUUUUUGGAGGAUGUUUUCAAGCCAAUCUCAAUCAAGCAAGUAGUCAUUUUUUAAAAUAUACAUGUUAAUCACCAUAUUGUUGUAAAUCAAAGACAGAUGGUGAGCUUCAUUUUGAAGAUCUUUGUGAUCAGAGGGCAAAAAGGCUUCCUUAGAGGUGUCCUUCUGGAAAGGCUCAUGCUCAUCUCUGGUGGAAAGCACAGGGCAGAGAGGUGCAUGUAAUAACAAUCACUUUCAAUGCUAUUGCUUGAUGAAGCUCUUCUUAGCUGGCAGAGCAGGCACUUUUCCACUUUAUGAGGUAGCCUGAAGGAGCAAAUCAUACAUACACACCAUGCACAUGGCAAGAACAUAGUGAUUAAAAAGAGGGCAAUAAUAAUCUUUACCUUACCAUCAGCUGAAGUGAACUUUUUUCUUUAUUUCCCAUAAAAUUCUUUGCUAGUCUUGGCCAAUCAGACACAUUACAUUCAUGGUCAAAUUGUUACCAAUGAACAUUCUAAUAAAACAUCAUGCUCACAAAAAUCAAACUGAGUUUUACAUCCAUUAAUCCAAUAUAGGGGGCAUAUGCGAUAGAUCAUAUUUACACAUGGAACUAAGUUUCUGAUGAUGUCCUAUUCUUGCAGGGAGCAGUGAUUAGAUGUUUUUAUUCAACACGAACAGAAUAUGUAUUUUGCAUUUACAACCUAUGAAUAAAACAUGUUUUAAAUGUUUAUGGACUUAUGUAUUACGUUUGUUUUGUUACUUUGUAGAAAAUAGACAACAGUCCCUAUCUCCCUACAUUAUCUUCCAGCUUCAGUACUGAGCUUUUUCCUGGAUGAGAUUGUAACAGUGCAGUCUUAUGUCACUAAAAGAGACUGUAUUUUUGUAUAAUGUCAUAUGAGCUAUUGAGAAACUACUCAUAGUCAAUUGAAACUCUGUGAAAGCAAAUGUUUGCAUACCAAAAUGAAGUACUAUAGAGCCCCAUUUCAAUCUGUUAGAUAUAUUGUAUACAAUCUGUAUAUAUAUACUAUAUAUAAUGGUAUAUACUACGUGGAAGGCACAGUCAAAUUAUAGUUCUGUGUACUGUUCUUGUAACAUUAGAUCUUUUUAAUAAAUAAUUCUCUUUUUAUUGA